AUGGACACCUCACUGUUGUCGCUUCCAAUGCGGCUGAAACGCGCACUCCCUUCUGAUGAGGACGCACCGAGCAUCCGAGAACUGGUCGAUGCCACCAGCAAGAGAAAGAUCGCACAGCCUCUCACUCGGAGAAUGAAAGCCAUACGCGCAAUUCAAGAGAACUGGCCUGACGGCUGGGACGGAAGUACGAUCCCGCCGGAGAGACUUAUCAUCCGUGACAUCGCCCCGCGAAUCGAGGUGGACGGUAAAAAGGCCCUUGCUGGUGAGGACGAUGUUGCGCUGCUGCCGCCCGGACAAUGGGCAAAACGCUUCGUGGAUGCCCUCAAAGAGCUGAGCGACCUCACGAAGAACAACCGCAUGAGUGCGAUGAACAGACUGACAUUCGCGGUGCAAAUGCGGACGGUAUUCGGAACUGGGGAUGACCAAUGGGAAUGGACAAGGGAGCGGUUCGCACUUGAAGUGCUAUGCAAGGACAUCAUGGAACUUUGUGCAAAGAUUAGGAAGGAGUCGAAGGCAUAG